AUGGAGCUGGAAGAAGAAGAUAAUUUUCUGCCAGAAGACGAGUUCAAAAGAUUCGUCAGAGAUGUGGAAAAUAACGACAGUCUUUAUUUGGGAACGACGCUGAGAGAAGUCUACAACAGAAAUCUUCACGAUCUCUUCGAAAUCCGCCUGGCCACGCGAGUAGAACACUACGACACGCAAAUCGAGUCAAUCUGCAAUCAUCAUUACGGAAAACUGUCGAAUGCAAUUUACGAACUUCGCGAAGUCACCGAUCUCGUCAAGAAGCUACAGUCGCAAGUGGCCGAGAUCGAUUCUCAAACGAAGGACACUUGCGAAGAGGUCGUCUUCAAAAUGGCCGAGAAGCAGAAACUUCAAGUGCAGCGAAAGAAUAUUUAUAUGUCAAUCGAGCAACUGGAAGGUCUACUGCCGCUUUUUCAAAAGUUUAUCAAACUCAAUCAACACAUGAAGAAAGAAGAACUCUAUCGCGCGUUGAGAUCUAUUCAAGAAAUUAGCGAAGAGCACCUCGAAAAACUCCCCUCAAGAAUGAAGCUGAAAAAGUACCUGCGAGAUAAUCUUCUAGCGAAGCAGAAGAAAAUAUACGCAGACAGUGAGAUUCUCCUCACAAAUUGGCUCGAUUCAGCGCGCGCCAAUUCCCUCAUCGUCGGAAAACUCGCGAUGGAAGAAGACGAAGACGAACUCAGAGCGCUCGAUUUCAAGCCGAUUUUCAAAUGCCUCCAGAUUUCAGAGAUGCGAGGCAUUUCAGUCGAUUUCCAUCACAAUUUUAUCGUUCAACGAAACAAGCAAUUUACCCAAAUUGUUUCAUCUCCACUCACGAGCGUUCAAAAGCUAGAAGAGUAUUUGAACAGUAUUGUGGGAUUUAUGUACAUAGAAGAAAAUAUACAGAGUUCAAACAAGCACCUAUCCGAGACCGUGGCUCAAAUGUGGCUAAAAUUCGAGGACCGCAUCGUCACCAACAUCAAGUCCUAUCAAUCCCGGAUAAACGAUCCUAUCGAAUAUGAAAAAGUCAAGAACCUCAUUAAAAGCCUCCGCGUCGCGCUGAGGCGAAUUAACUUGGAAGCUAGCAGCCUAUCUAGUGUUCAAACUAUGCUUCGCGAACAGUAUCUUGAGGUCUUAUUGGCCCGCUACGGUGAAUUCUUCGACCUGAUCUUGAAGCAAGACAAUUUCGCUCCCCUCAUCGUUUCUUGUCAAGAAGAAGAGCUCGAGAUCUUUACCCUUUUUCCGUUCAACUCUGAAGAAGUCAGUGGCAAUUUUGGCACGCUAGAGUCGCCUGGCUACGCUGGAAACAAAUAUCCUAAGAAGUUGCCGUUCUCCAGAAUGGUCCUCCGUAUUUUCGGCCGGAUGAAGGAAUUCAUCGACGAGUACUUUUUGUAUUUCUCUGGCUCCGAUCUGAAUCGAAUACAAAGGGAUGAUCAAGCAAGAAGGGCGGUGAUUAGCCUCAUCAAACGCGCCCUCCGGCAGACCAUCAAGACGAAACUCGAUCAGGACAAUGUCGGACUAAAUGAGCUAAUGCAGCUGUCGAUAAACGUCGGAUGUCUGGCGAGCGCUUGUUCAGAGCUUUGUGUUUACAUUCAGAAGAAGACGUUUACAGAAGAGCCCGCUCAAGUCAAGUCCCUGUCGAAUAUUGGAGCUCAAUCCUUCAAAGAUAUUCGGGCGGAGAUUCAAAUGCAAAUUCCUCCGCGAAUCAAGGCAAAAGUCGACCAAAUCCUCGAACUUGGUUUCGACGAAUUCGACUUUACGAGCGAAGAGGAUCCGACCGGGCCUAGUGAUCAUAUUCGUUCAGCCAUAGAUUUCCUUCAGAACAAUCUGAAAAUGCUGUCGAAACUCUCCCGCCAAGUUCAAGAAACAACCCUCUUCGUCGUCUGCAAACACAUUGGUACAGUACUAAUGGAAUGGCUGACAGAAGACGAGGAGCCUUCGAUGGUAUCAAUAAACGGACUACGGCAAAUGUUGAUUGAUGUCAAUUAUCUGGAGUUUUUCGCUGGUGACGCGAUUCCAGAGUUCUCAGAAGCCACGGAAACAUUUGUCGCGAUCCAUCAGCUGUUAGAUUUGACGAUCAAGAGCGACUGGCCGCAAUAUCUUUCUUCCUACGGAAGCGCAGAGUCGCCAUAUUUGCGAAUUCAGCCGAAUCAAGCGCGACAAGUCUACGAGAAAAUCAUCCGCUACCAGGAAAAUGAACAGUCUAGCUCUGGCGGAGGGAUGAUCUCGGCAUUGAAGCAAAAGAAUCGCGACGCGGAUCGAAAACGACUCUGGGGCGAAAUGAUCAAAAACUCAAGCAGCUGGAAACUGGCGCUACUGGCAGCUAGUACUGUUUUUUAG